UUGAUAAUUACCCGUGCUUUAAGGAUAGGACGUCGAAGGCAGCCUAUAGCUGCACGAACGUUAUUAGGAUGGGUAAUUCAGGGAACCGUGCCGCGGUUAACGUGUAGGGAAGACGGCGAGACCGUAUUACACGUAGAGAGCGCUAGCGGACGGUCAGAUAGGGACAUCCGAACGUUUGCCAGUCGGGACGAGGAGCUAACGGAACUCCUCAAACGGCAGUACGAGAUAGACUCUAUAGGUAUCUCGCUGAAGAGUAGGCCGCGACGGGACGAGGAGCGCGCUGUCGACAUAUUCCAGCGCACCGUCAAGAAGGUCGGCGAGCAAUACCAAGUGGGACUGCCAUGGAAGGACGACAACGUGCGGAUGCCACCCAGCUACGAGAUGGCAGCGCGAAGACUACGGACGAUCGAGAGGAAGAUGGACCAGUCGCCGGAGUUUCGUGACGCCUACACAGCCCAGAUAGACAACCUCCUGGCGAAGGGAUACGCAAGGGAAGCCGAAGGGACAGAGCGAGAGGAUCCCAAGAGCUGGUACCUGCCACACUUCGCCGUACGGAAUCCGAACAAGCCGGGGAAGACGAGAUUAGUGUUCGACGCGGCAGCGCGUGCAUCCGGCAGAUGCCUUAACGAUUAUUUACUCGACGGCCCCGACUUAUUACGGAACCUACCGGGCAUACUGUUUCGAUUUAGGGAAAACGAGAUAGCGGUGUCCGCGGAUAUUAGGGAGAUGUUCUUGCGUGUAAAGAUCGACCGUCGCGACCAGCCCGCGCAGUUGUUUCUUUGGCGAGGAGACGAGCGACACAGCCCACCGCGGGAGUACGUUAUGACAUCAAUGAUUUUCGGUGCGAGGAGCUCGCCGUUUCUCGCACAUAGCGUUAGGGAUCAUAACGCGCGCGUACACGCAGAGACACACCCGUUGGCACUUAACGCUAUCAUACGUAGCCAUUACAUGGAUGAUUAUUUAGACAGUUAUGCCACGGUAGAGGAAGCGAUAAAUACGGCGAAGCAGGUUUUGGAAGUGCACCAGCAGGCCGGUUUCACCUUGGCAGGAUGGAACUCCAACCACGCAGCCCUGUUAGAAGACAAGCCGGAGGACUUACUGGCGCGUAAGCCUAAAGAAGUAGGCUUAGGACAAGACAGCCCAGGCAGAACCUUAGGGUUAUUAUGGAUGGCUGAUGAAGACGCCCUAACAUUCAACACGUCAAUGAAUAGGGUGCCGCAAGAAGUGAAGGCGCUACAGCGACCACCGACCAAGAGGGAAGCAUUAAGCGCGGUCAUGUCCGUUUUUGACCCGCUUGGACUGCUGAGUUACCUCACCAUCACCGCCAAGAUCCUGCUACAAGACUUAUGGCGCAUGAAGAAGGUCGGAUGGGACGACGAACUACCCGAGGAGGCAGCAGAGGAAUUCCAGCGAUGGCUGCGAGUCGUCGAGGAGGUAUCACGACUACGACUGCCAAGGUGCUAUGCUCCUACGGGGGGAGUUGUAGAGCGUCAACUUCACGUCUUCAAUGAUGCGAGCGAACGUGCGUACGCAUCCGCGGCGUAUUGGCGUAUACGAUAUCGCGACGGAACGAUUAGGGUGCGAUUAGUGGCGGCUAAGGCGAAAGUCGCCCCAAUUAAAGCGCAAAGUAUACCGCGAUUAGAGUUGCAGGUGAACUUAAUAGGCGCGCGACUCGCGGAAUUCGUGCAGGACGAACACAGAGUGGUAGCGGAUAGGGUCGUAUAUUGGACGGACUCUACUACGGCGCUCCACUGGAUACAAAACGAUACGGCGCGUUACACUCCAUACGUUGCUCACCGGUUAGGGGAGAUAGCUGAGAAGACAUCACCCGAGCAAUGGAGGUGGAUACCGACUGCGGAAAACGUAGCGGAUCAGGCAACGCGGAUGAAUUUCACAACUAAGGAAGAGAGCGACAAGUGGUUUACCGGACCACCCUUCCUCUACGAGCAUGAAGACAGAUGGCCUCACCGACAGGAAGAGAAGGCGGGGGAUGAUGAAGAGUUGGAGGAAAUCGUGGCGCACCAGAGCGACACCCAGGAAGCUCCACACCUGCCAGACAUAGAGAGAUUCUCUGCUUACGAGAAGUUAAUCAGGGCCACUGCAAGAGUACUACAAUUCCUCGAUGCGGCACGAGGAAGAGCACGAGGACUGACCUUACAGCACAUUCAGAAAGCAGAACGGAUGUGGAUACAACACAGCCAGCAGGAAAGCUUCGCUGAAGACAUCAGCCGCCUUCAGCGGGGAAAGAAUUUGACCACCGGCAGCGCACUAAGGAAGCUCGACCCCAUAUUGGAGGAUGGAGUGCUACGAGCCAGGGGAAGGAUCGACGCAGCCGACGUGGACGGUCAAAUGAAGAGACCCAUUACCCUGAAUGGACGUCACCAAUUUGUGAAGCUGCUUGUGGAGAAGGCGCAUCAGGAAGCAAGCCACGCCAAUAGGGAGAGGGUGGUGAACGACCUGCGCACUAGGUAUCAUAUCCUCCGAUUACGACUUACAGUACGGGAAGCGGAGCGGAGAUGCCUACGAUGCAGAAUACGGAAGGCGACACCACGACCUGCGGUUACAGGAGACCUACCACCUGAACGGUUAGGGGCGUUUGCGCGACCAUUUACGAACACCGGGAUUGAUUAUUUCGGGCCUCUGACGGUUACGAUAGGACGACGGCACGAAAAACGGUGGGUGGCACUGUUCACGUGCCUAACGACGCGCGCAGUACAUCUAAAGAUAGUCUAUUCUCUGACCGCGGACUCGGCGAUAUCGGCAUUGCGGCGCAUGGCGGCUAGGCGUGGGUGGCCACGGGUUAUUUAUUCGGAUAAUGGGACUAAUUUUCAUGGGGCAAACACAGAAUUACGACGGGCGAUGGAAGAGUGGGCGCCACAGCUGAAGGAUUACGCGCUGACUCGGCGCGUCGACUGGAAGUUCAUCGCACCGGGCGCGCCUAACCAGGGAGGCGCAUGGGAGCGUCUCGUGCGCUCAGUGAAGACCGCGCUCGAAGCCACUCUCCAUCAGAAGAGCCCACGAGAAGAAACGCUGGCAACGCUUCUGACGGAAGCCGAAAAUACUAUAAAUUCUCGACCGUUGACGCACGUACCAGUCGACAUCGACGAUGAAGAGGCGCUGACACCCAACCACUUCCUACUGUUGGGACCAUCGGGCCUGCCAGUCACCGCGCCGUGCACAUCUAUGGAUCGUCGGGCGUGGAGAGCGGCGCAAGGACUCGCCGACGAAUACUGGAGGCGCUGGGUGAAGGAGUACCUGCCGACGCUGGUCGCGCGCGGGGACUCCAGAGAUGCUCGGCAGCGCCAAAUACAGGAAGAGGACCUCGUCGUGGUUGCAGACGGCGACCUACCCAGGAACGUGUGGCCGCGGGGCAUCGUAACGAAGACGUUUCCUGGACCAGACGGCGUGGUACGGAACGUCGAGGUCCGGACCAAGGGAGGAGUGCUGCGGCGGCCCGUCAGGAAGAUCGCCGUCCUCCCGAAAGAAGCUUAG